AUGCAGUUCUCCCACUUUCUCGCUGCAGUUGGUCAUGAGGUAGAUGAUGCGGAGGAAGGGAAUGCUCUCCUCCAAGCGAGCGGGCGGGACUACAGGGGCAGACCCGAGACAGUCCUCUGGAAAAUCACUCCCCUGUUUGCACAAUGGCUUUGCUCCGGGACCAAUAUCCUAUGGGAAUCAUCUCUUCUCCAUCAGCACUCCACAGCCAUAGAGCUGGGCUGCGGCGUCGCGGGCGUCCUCGCCCUUUCACUCGCCCCAUCAAUAGGCCAAUACAUCGCCACUGACCAAGAAUACGUCCGGAAGCUAUUCCACGAGAACAUCGAGCAAAACCAACACGCCAUCCACCACAAGGACCGCACCACCCGCCACCGCCAGCAGAAAUCCCGACGCAAACCCGCCGCAGAGACCCCAUCUCAGUCCCGCUCGCGCUCUAGGCACCAUGCGCGCUCCGCCGAAUCGAGCCAGAGCCCAGCCGGAGCGGAGAGGAAAAUCAGAUUCGUCCCUCUGGACUGGGAGACUGACGCGCUAUCUGGGCCCAUCAGCACUGUGGAAGAUGGGUUCGAUGUGCUUCUGGCGUGCGACUGCGUUUACAACGAUGCGCUCAUUGCCCCGUUCGUGCAGACGUGUGCGGAUAUCGCCAGGCAACGGCCGUCGCUUGCGGCGUAUAUGGCUGCGUCUGAAACGGGUAUGAGGCCGACUCUGUGCAUCGUUGCGCAGCAGCUGCGGGCGCAUGAGGUGUUUGAGGGUUGGUUGCGAGAGUCUUUGGCGGAGUUUGCGGUGUGGAGGGUUAAAGAUGAGGUUUUGGGUCAGGGGUUGAGAACGGGGUCGGGAUAUGUUGUGCACGUACUUGUGCUGAGGGACUAG